GGCCCAUCCCCUUCCCAUCAGCUUCGGAGCAACCAGCCAAUCAGACGCUCGGGAGAGUGAGUUGGACCAAUGGAAACUCGGCGGGAGGUGGCAAAGCGCGCAAGCGCUGAUUGAAAGAGAGAAAGGACUACAUUUCCCAGCACACCCCACUCCCCACCCAGCGGAGUCCAAGGCCCGAGCGGCACUCGAGUAGCGCCGGCGAGGAAGGGCUGAGGUAGGUCCUUGCCUGGCAGCAAUAGGCUUUUGUGCCGGAGAGAAGCAGAAUGGCUUCUGGGGGCUCCAGUUCCCUGCACACCAUUCACGGUGCCCUGCAGGAAUGUUUCCAUGCUCUCCAGGAGCAACACGAGGCCUGGAAGAGAGUGCUAGCUGCCUGCACACCUCUUCUCAGUUCCUUGGCCAACCUGGCUGAGCAGAUGCAGGCCUCCCAGAAGGUCUCCUUUGCCAACACCCCCCUGCGAGACUUCCCAGAUCUGCCAGAGAGGCUGAGGCACAAGCAGCAAUGUGCCAUGGAGGCUUUGCUGGAGGAGCUGCAGCAGGACCACCUAAUGGAGCUCCAGAAAGUGAGAGAUACUGUUGGGGUCCGUGUGGACAGCGUUUUCCGACUCUGUGAGCAGCCAGGAGAUAGCCUAAGCCUGGAGACGACCUUCCAGCGCUCUGCAUCAUGCCCCUCAUUGGCAGACAUGCUAGAGUGGCUUCUGGAUGUUGAAGAAUUUUACCACCGUGUAUACUUGGGGCUCAAGUUUCUCCUCCUUCAGGUCAGCUACACGAACUUGAUGGAGAUGCAAACUCUUCCAAAGGCCUGGGAGCAGGUGCUACAGCAGGGCCUCCAAAACACAGCAGAAGAGCCCUCUUCUGAUCUGUCUCUCAGAAGUGUUGCUGAAGGUCUCCUCCUUUCUGGAAGCUUUUUGAGGACAUGGAACUUGCUCAUCUUCCCAAGAGAGGCCAGCUUUCCCAGGACAGCUCACCACCAUGUGAAGAGGACCAGACCUUAAACAGAGCUGCUUUUAGUUCGGAUGGAGCUUGCCAGCCCCACAGUCAGAAGAUGCACAAUUCUGGAUCCUGCUCUGGGUGAGGACCUGGGCUGGUGCUGGCCCUCAGAUUUGAAAUGAAGAGUAUGUGAACCAGUAGCCUGGGAUCGUUCCUUAUUGAGCCACAUGCCACCAUUUCUGGUAGGCGUCUCUUUGUAAAUUAAACUUGAUGACACACCCUUGGAGUGCAAAAUGUCCUUUUUCCUGUUGUGCCUGUAGCUGUCCAGAGUGGUCUGUGGGCUAGUUUCA